CUCCUGUGGGGGCGUGGCCACGCAUGCGCACUACCCGAAUGCCUGCCAGGCUGGUUCUGCGCAAGCUCGCAGGAAGCCCUCCUUAACUGCUUCCGGACCAGGUUUUCUGUGGCGGCGAGCAACGUGGAGUUCGGCUACUCUGGAGCUUGGAUUUAGCGGCUCGGGGGCUCCGUGCGCCUUGUGCUUUCAGUGGAACAGGAAAAGAUGAUUAGUGAUUUUGAUGAAGAAUUGACAAAGCUGGCUGUGGCUGAGGAUAACCAAGAAACGUCGGUGGUCUCUAAGACGGGAAUGCAUUUCCCAUGGCUUCACAAGCACGUUGAAGCUGUAGUGACUGGAGGGAAGAAGAAGAAGGAUUUUGCUCAGACGACAAGUGCUUGUUUAAGCUUUAUCCAGGAAGCCCUGCUGAAGCACCAGUGGCAGCAAGCUGCAGAGUAUAUGCACAGUUACCUGCAGACCCUGGAGGACUCAGACACCGACAAGAGACAGGCUGCCCCUGAGAUCAUUUGGAAGCUUGGAAGUGAAAUUCUAUUUUACCACCCCAAAAGCAAUGUGGAGACUUUUAAUAGCUUCGCUGACCGGAUGAAAAAUAUUGGUGUCUUGAAUUAUUUAAAGAUCUCCUUACAGCACGCCUUGUAUCUUUUACAUCAUGGAAUGCUUGAGGAUGCGAACAGGAACCUAAGCAAGGCAGAGACGUGGAGGUAUGGAGAAAAGUCGUCUUCUCAGGAAGUGUUGCUCAACCUUGUUCAGGCCUACAAAGGGCUUCUAGAGUACUACACUUGGUCCAGAAAGAAGAUGGAGUUGUCAAAGCUUGAUGAGGAUGAUUACGCUUAUGCCGCCAAAACCCGAAACAUGCUCAGCCAGAGCUGCAAGAUGUCUACAAAUAUCUGUGCACUGGUCAAAACGCCCGGGGUCUGGGACCCUUUUGUGAAGAGUUAUGUGGAGAUGCUGGAGUUCUUUGGUGAUCAAGAUGGAGCCCGAGAGAUGCUCACCAAUUAUGCAUAUGAUGAGAAGUUCCCGUCGAACCCCAAUGCCCACGUCUACUUAUACGAGUUUCUCAAGAGAGAGAAGGCACCGAGGGCGAAGCUCAUAAGUGUUCUUAAGAUUUUACAUGAGAUUGUGCCAUCCCAUACACUGAUGUUAGAAUUCCAUACAUUGCUUAGAAAAUCAGAGACAAAAGAACACCAGAAACUGGGCUUGACUGUGUUAUUUGAAGUCCUGGACUUCGCUGGAUGCAAUAAGAACAUAACGGCCUGGAAAUACUUGGCAAAGUAUCUGAAGCAGAUAUUAAUGGAAAGCCAUCAAGAUUGGGUUGAAGAAGAGUGGAAGUCUAGGAGGAACUGGUGGCCGGCUUUUCACUUCAGCUUCUUUUGGGCGAAGAGUGACUGGAAGGCAGACACUGACUUGGCUUGUGAGAAAGCUUUUGUGGCAGGGAUCCUUUUAGGAAAAGGUUGUAAAUAUUUUCGGUAUAUUUUAAAACAAGAUCAUGAAACCUUGAAGAAGAAAAUCAAGCGGAUGAAGAAGUCUGUGAAAAAAUACACUAUUGUAAAUCCAGGUGUUCACACCUAGACUUUAACUUAUUUUACAGCUACCGCUACAGUGUAGUGGUUUGUAUACACAUACACGUACUUGUGCACAUGCGCAUGUGGAAGCUAGAAGUCAGCUGUGUCACUCUCUGCAGGAGCCUUGCUUUGAGACCCUCACUGAGACCUGGAGGAGUUGCUCGGCCUCCCUCCCACCUGUUUGUUCCUCUACCAGCUGAACCUCAUUUCCACACCCCACAGCUACUAAUGGGUGCUGUUGAGUGGAGGGUAGAGAGUCGAGGAGGAGGUGACACUGUGUGACUCCAGUCCUUUGACUCUAGAGGACUGAUCUGAGUCAGUGUUAGAAGAGAUGUGGUUAACCUUAAAGGCAUGGUGUGCCUUAAAGUAACCUUAAAGGAUACUUGGAUGUUCCCUCAGAAAUGAGAAUCCAGCUGGGUGGUGGUGGCACAUGUCUUUAAUCCCAGGAGGUAGAGGCAGGCAGAUUUCUGAGUUUGAGGCCAGCCUGGUCUACAGAGUGAGUUCCAGGACAGCCGGGGCUACACAGAGAAAGCCUGUCUCGAAAAACAAAACAAUAAAAGGAGGCUCCAACGGUAGCAUCUCUACUCAUGAAGUAGCGUCCUACAGGCACUAAGUAAGCACAGUGGGACAGCUUCCCAAGGCCAGAGACAUGCUCCAGGAGCACACCCUGGGCUCUGUAGCACAUGUGCUGAUGGAUGCUUCUAGAGAAUGACCUUGGCUGUCUUGUAGUUAUUGUUAAAGUGACUAGUACUUGGAUUCCAGGAAGGCUCACUGGUGUUCAAGUGACAAACCACACAUUUCCUCAUUGGCUUAUAGCCCUGCUAGCUUUAAAUAAUGUACAAUAAAGGUGGACAAGUUGCGCUUUGUGAAUAA